AUGAGCUGCAGAGUAGAACCAGGAAGUGCUUGUCAGUAGAGUGAAACUCAGACAAAGCUGUCCAGAGGCAGAGAAAAUCCUUGCUUAGCAGAGGGAGAGAGAUAGAGAGGGAGAGCCAAGCAUUGAGGGAAAAGAAGGAAGAGACAGAGAAAGAGAGAGAGAGAGAAAGAAAAAAAGAGAGGAAGACAGACGGAGCACGUCUCCCAAACUGCCUGCGAACACACGCCACAACAGACGGGGCUUCUGAGGCAGCUCUGUCCUCGCUCGGUGCAUCAUGGUGGAACGCGGCGCCCGCUGGGAGCCCAAAGAUCACAAGAUGGCCGCCGCGGAGGGGGAGGAGGACGGCGGCGGCGACAGCGGCGACGAGCUGGAGAUGGACGGCACGUGCGACGCCUGCGAGCCGGACGAGGCCCAGCCGGCCACCCACGUCUGCCCGGCGUGCCGCUUCGCCUUCUGCCCGCCGCACGCCGACACACACACGCGCAGGACGCGCCACCAGACGCUCCCCUACCACCCCGAGCCCUCCGCCGCCGCCGCGGCCACAGCCGCCUCCGGGCCACUAGGGGGCGCCGAUAGACUCCGGGGGGCGCAGAACGGGCACGUGGGCCCCCCGGGGGCAUUAGGGGCAGACACGGGGCAAGACCGGAUGGACGUAGCCGAGCAAGGGGCUCAAAACGGGGGCGAUGAGGGGGGGGCUGUGGGGGGCGAGCCGGCGGAGGGGGAGCAGGAAGGGGGGUCGGGGAAGAAGGAGUCGGUCAGCGUGGAGCGGCUGCGCUGCAGGGAGCACGACCAGGAGGGGUCACUGUACUGCAAGCUGGACGAGAAGAUCAUCUGCGUGCUGUGCGCCGUGCAGGGGGAACACCGGCAGCACGAGAUCAUCACGCUGAGGGAGGCCUACCACUGGCAGAAGAGUCGUGAGGGCAUUGACCUGGUGAGCCGCACGCAGGAGAUGGCAGAGAAGAUCAAGAACAGGUGGACGAGCCCAGACAUGAAUAAAGAUGAGCUGGAGCUGUACGUGAACAAGCAGUUUGACGAGCUGCACCAGCUGGUGCGUCUGGAGGAGAAGCGCACGCUGCACCUGGUGGACCUGAAGGAGGCCUUCCUGACGGCGCAGGCCAGCGAGAUGAUCGCCGAGAUCAGCGUCAACACCGAGCGGCUGCAGGAGGAGGUGGACUGCAUCACGCAGCAGCUGGGCGAGCUGGAGCAGGCCGCCGUCGUACCGCCACCGCCACCGCCACCGCCACCGCCGCCCGAGGCCGGACACGACGAUGGACCUCCAGUGGUGGCGGCUGCCGCCGUCGGCGUUCUGAACGGGGCGGGCGCUCCGGGUCUCGGGGCUGCAGAGGACGACGUAGCUGACCGCGAGGCUGAGGCGGCCGCACAUGCGAUCGUGGCGGCCAUGGCGGGGCCGGAUCCACUUCCUCUUCCUGCCGCCAUCAGACUAGCGCUCGGAGCGGACGCCCGGCCCAGGAUGCCGGAACACAGACCAGAGCCCAGGGACCGCAGAGGCUACAGAGACGGAGACUCGGACUCACACAGGGGCGGAUAUGCACCCUGACAGCCCCCGGUCCCACCCCAACAACAACACACACACACACACACACACACACACACACAGACAGUCUGUUCCUGGCACUCCCCCCUUUACACCAUCCCUCCUCCCCAGCACUGGAGUCAGCAACCCCACCCCACCCCACCCCACCCCACCCCACCCCAACCCCUGCACUGCUAUCACCUGUGCACAGCCCUCUUCCCUGGGACUCAAUGACUGCCUUCUGGGCCCUCUGGGUGUCUGUGCCUCGCGGCCUCCAUACCAACUCCCAAACUCCCGUCUGCCAGCUUGGUGUACCCAACUCGAAGAUCCCCACCCCCCAGGCCCCCCAUCUUGGGUGGUGGAGAUGGUGAUGAUGGAGGUGGUGGUGGCGGAGGAGGUGCGAGAGAAAAACCGAGCGGCACCAGAGCGUGAAAUGGCAUUUUGAGACACACUCCUCUAUUGUUUUGUUUUUCUUACGUUUGUAUGUUUUGUUUGAUUGAGUUAUAUCACAAAAAAAGAAGAAGAAAAAAAACAACAUUAUUUAGUAAUCCUGCUAAAUCACGCAAGUCGCUGCCUGCAAGCGCAGUGAGAGUCUAUAUAAUAGUGCUUACAGCAAAGUGAAACACAUGCUCUGCAUUAGCCGGGUCCAGUAGUCCACUCACAGGUCUCUGCUGUGUCCUUCCUCUGAUAAAUGCCAAAUUUGUCUUCUAUACGAGUACCUCUUUGCCUGCCUUAGUGCGGUCGUCACAAUCAUCCUUUUAAUGAUGGGAUCUGCUGUGGGAAUCAUUCAAAUGCUGAUGGCUCUAAUUGUUGCUGGUGAACUGUUAGGCCUUUGGGGCUCCAGGUGUGCCUAUGCCCUUGGGGUAAUGCUAUUUUAACGUCUUAAUUUCUCCCUACAGGGUCCACGGUUCAGAGCUCUGCUGCUGAGCCUACAUCUGUGAAUUACUGUGCAAUGAACUGCUAAAAAUGAGUAGAAUAUCAGUGGAGGCUAUGCUGCGUGGAGGUAUUAUUAGAGCCUUGCUCAUUUAAAUACGGCAGAGUUUAAAGUGCUAGAACACACUCUCUCUCACACACACACACACACUCACAUACACACAUACAUACACACGCACGCACACACACACACACACACACACACACACACACACACACACACACACACACACACACACACACACACACACACACACACACACACACACACACACACACACACACACACACACACACGCACGCACACACA